GAAGACACAAUACUAUUUCUUACACAAAGUCUAUAUCACCGGUUCACUUGUGGCUUUUCACCAUGAAGUAAAAGCCUGCAAAAUAACAAAAUGGCGGCUGAACCGUCUGAAAGCCAGUUGGGAGUUUCGUGGCAUGACAGUGCCUGGAUUCCGGCUCUUAAUCCCGGAAAUGUUCUCGAAUACUUUUCACAGAGAACUAACCCGUUCUAUGAUCGCACUUGUAACAAUGAAGUAGUGAAAAUGCAAAGGCUAGAUCCGUCUACGUUACAGUAAGCUUAAGUCUAUAUAAAACUGUCAACUAUAAGAUUUAAGACUUAUUUAAAUUAGUUUUCUACUAGAUUUGACGAUAAAACUGUUUUUUCUGAAGGACCAUGACAGGUAUUGAGUAUGAAGUCCUUCAUGUACAGGAUCCAAUUCUCUAUGUCAUUCGAAAGCAGCACAGAAUCUCUCCAACGCAAGGUCAGAUAAAUGCAAUUAUGAAAGCUUACAUUGGGCAUUGUACAGUUUAGUUUGGGGUGCUUCAAAACAGUGGGCUAUUCCUCACCUACGAUCUAGCUUAAUCUGCCAGAAUAAGGAGGAUAAUGUCCAAUUAUUCUCUCCAUGUGUCACACUAGCUCCACGUCAGAAGAAUUUAAGAAUACCCAGCUACUUAAUAUGGAUGGCAACAUCGAAUAGAGUAUAUAGGAACCUUCCAUUAUUUAUCCGCAACUCCCCAAAGGAUGGCAGGUUUUUGAAUAGACCUUUUAACGGUUUUUUCAACUUCUGACAUGUACAAGUCAUCGAAAAUCCGUCAACACCACUGGUAAGAGCGCCUUAAUAAUAAUGUGAAAGUGGUAUGACAUUUGUAUGGUGGGGGGCAAGUUUAUGCCCCCCACUAUACAAACAUCUGUAAAAUGUUGCGACUUUGAGGAUCUAUAUCUUUGUUAGUUUUCAACAAAUCACUUUCAAACUAGGCAGUAUUAUUAAUCUUAAGGCGCUCUUUUCAGUGGUGUCGACGAAUUCUCCCGAACUUUUCCAUGUCAAAAAGUUAAAAAAAAAAGCGUGAAAAGGUCUAUAGGUGUGUUCGGAUUAUUUCUUCAAAGAAGCCAACAAAUUUGGACCCUUUGAACAAAGGUUUUAAAGAUGCUGACAGAAAUUUGAUGGUGCGGAUUCCAGCCAUCUUUAUGGAUGGUGUGGAUACAAAAUGGAACAUCCCAAAGCAUGCGAUAACAAAAGGAUCCAUUCUGAUUUAAUAAAGGUGGAAAUAAAGUGCCAGUUAUGUUAUAUAAUCCACAGUAGUGUCUAUUGCAAUAGGCCACUUCCAAGUUCCAAAAACCCUCACUUUUAAACUGAGGCCAAGUGCACAACCGUUCUUGUGAAAAUGAGUUUUAUUUGCAUGAGAAUGAAAAAUCAUUUCCACUUCAAAGGCCAAGCACUUAACAUUGUUUUGAUACAGAGGCCAGGGGAACUCGCAAAUGGCCUAUUUCAUGUACAUUUUAUGUACACUUACUAACCACCUACCAGGAGAACUCUGCUACUGAUCAGUUUCUCCACUCAUUUCUUUGGCAUUUAGUCACACCUAUUGCAGAUUAUUACGUGUUAGCAGGAGUGGUGUAUCAGGCCCCUGAUCUGUGCUCUGUCAUCAACUCAAGAUUGGUAAAUAACAUCAAGCGUAGUUAAUAGAGUGGAAUGGUUGUGAAACCCAUCAGACUUUACCCUGCCCAAAAACCAUCUGUAACCAGUCUCCUCUACUAAUUAUGCCUCAAGUAUAAUGUUGUUAGUCAAAUUUAGUUUAUUAUUGUUUGCACUGCAAUACUAUGUGGUCUUUUGUGGUCAAACCAGGGCUGUCAAUAAGGGCCGAUAGCCGGCCAAAACCAUCGGCUAGAUAGCCAUCCUUAGCCGGCUACUUUCAUCUCCUUCUAGCAUAACUGCCAACAAAAAAUAAGCACCCUCGAAUAAAAUAGUAAAGCAUCCGUUUCCCAGUUUUAAAUGACAUUGAAUGCAUAUUUAAACAGGUUUAGAUCUGAGAAACGUUCAAGCCGUAUGAUGUCGUGGAAUGCCAUUGAUAUUUUGGGGGCAUUGUUCCCAGUCUUGCGUGUAUUCUGCCGAAACAACAUGGUGUCCGCAGUGGAAAAUACAGAUUGAAAACCCCUGGAAACUCCAUUUCUGAGACUCUAAAUUUCAAAAUGUCCCUAGAUGCCUCGGCCCUCAAGAACUUGUGCCUUUGGUGCGAGUUCCAAAGCAACCUACUAUUCAUUAUCAGCCUGCUAAUUAAAAACUUUUUGACAGCCCUAGGUCAAACCCUGUUUUAGUGUAGAUUUUUGUUGGAUCGUAAAGUCUUAAUGUUUUUGCUUUGUUAAAUUUUGGUGCUGGGGAUUUUUUCAGAGACAUUUUACUUCUUCUGUGUCCACAGCAUUCUGCCCUGCAUCACAUACAAGCAGCUUUUGAUGAAGGUGUGUUGAAAUUAAUCUGUCUCAUAUUCUACAAAAUUCUUGAAGCUUCUGGAAUACAUUUUUUUAAGAGUAUGCUCAUUGCAGACUUUCAUUUAUUGAUUCGUUCUGAGCCUUUUUUUUGUUAUCUAUACAGCAUCAUCCUACUCUAGAUAUCAUCCAUCCAAGGGAUAUUGGUGGCAGUUUAAAGACAAACAACAGAAGCAAUCUAAUGGUUAGUUAAUGAAAAGAAAUUCUCUACUUACUGCUGAGUGCUGAGAUGGAUGUUUAUUUUGGUAAUGCUCUGAUCAGCUCCUCUUUCUAACUCAUAGAGUGAUUUUACUUGACCCAUGAAACAGAUACUAACAUCUACUGCAAAAUCGCUGAUUGUAAACAAAAGAAGACAGUGGAAAUAGUGCAUAAUAGUGCAUAGCAAUCUACUACCUAUUUUAUGGGUUAACUAAAAUCAUUCUAUCAAAGUUUUAUUAAUAUACAACAUUAAUGCAUCUUUCCAUUGUUUAGAGCAAGUUAUUAUUUUCAAUAGAUAGAUGGGCAGGUCACUGACAUUGUACAGAAAAUAAUGACCUCCUGUGCUGCUUUAUGAACAUAAUUAUGACCCGCUGGGUUUCAAUCAGUGGAAAGGAGCAUUGAAUCACUGAGAUAACCCCUUGUCUCCUCAUCAACCAUUUUUAAAGUUAUGUACCUUAAUACCCAGGAUUAAUACCAGAACAGCCAGGGUGACAGAGGCGAAAUAAAAAGAAAAUGGAGCAUUAAUAAUAUUUCAUGCAAGUGACUCACAUGUGGUCUCACUCAAACAAAAAGAAAGAUGGUAAAGAGGAACUUAUUACAAAUUUAAAACACCAUGGCUUAGCACAUAACUACCAUGUACUGAACACAGAUUGCCGAAGUGGCAACUUCCGCAGCAAUUUUAGACACCAUUUUUUUAUUUUUUCUUGCCUUGGUGAGCAAAAUGGUCAAAGCUUGGAGUACUGUAUGAAGUUAGUGAUUAUAAUGAGAAAGAUGUGUAAUAAAUGUAUUUCUCCUUUCCCCACUCUGCCACCUUAAACCAGUGUUUGUGGUUAUUUUCCUAUAAUGAAGGUGCUAAAAACAACAAGAGUGAAAAAACAAAAUCAGUGAAGGAUCCUAACUCAGAACCCAGCUCACUGUUUCAGAGAGAGGGUGUUCAUAUCCUCCUUGGUGAACUAUCAAAAAAAUUUCCACCACAGUUUCUUCAACAGGGCCAGGCAUUACCUGGUAAGUAUUUGAUCAGUAUUUUGCUCAAAUUUAACAUAAGCAAUCAUACGAUUUUGAUGUCAGUUUGCAGUAAAUAAGCAACAGCAACUUUUUUGAAAGAAUAAAAAAGAAUUGGUGAGAUCUGUGGCAUUUGAGAAAGUUGGUGGGUCUGAAAAAAUAAUAUUUUCAGAAACAAAAUAAAAAAUAUGAUAAUUGAGGAGAAAAAAGAAAUAAUUUGCAUCAUAAAGUCAUGGAAAAAUUGAUGAUACAAAUCACUUUGAAUGCCCUGCUACACUACUAUCUUUUGGCUCCAUUUUAAAAAAAGUUGAUUUUACGCAGUUGAAAGAGAGUAUCAAACACUAUUAUGAUGGUUGUCUCUUAAACUCUCUCUUAGAUAUUCCCAAAUGGACUGCCUGCAAAAUAUGGUACUUGAGUUGACAAUACAGUGUAGGUAGUGCAGAGAAAUGCACGUUGAUAAUCGCAAUCAUUACUUUUUUGACAAUUUGUUAGGUCAGUCCAAGAAAAGUGAUGAAAAGAAUGAGACUGAAGAAGCUGAUUCUAAAGAUGGAAUAAUUUCUGAAGUGGGAUCAGCUGUUGAACCAGUCCCCAAUGGUACAACGUUGGGUACUAGUACAUCACGUGGUCCAUUUAACUCGAACCAGUCAAUGAAAAGAUCGGCAAGUGGGGAUCCUGUCACGAAACAACCUCCAGGGAAAAAGAAGAAAAUUUAACCAAGGAUUGUUUGCUACUGAAAUGGUAGUAAUGGCACUGUAGACAUCGGUUGGUUAAUGUACCGUGUCCUUGAAGAGGUUACUGCAUCAAAAAAUGAGUUUGUAAAUUUUGUCUAUAGAUCAGCGGGACUGUUAUCUCAGCUAAGCCGUAGCUGACUGAAUUGCAUUGUGGGAUGUCUAUGGAAUAACCAACUAACUCACGGCGUUGAUUGCGGCACCUCUAACCAUGGUGUCCUUCCAAGUCACUCUCAAUACAUCGUGGCCUAACGAAACGAAAGUAAUAGUAGGAGUAUACAGUAGUUAUCUUUCUACAGCUUAAUGAGCUCUCAACUCCCAAGAAAAGGUUACCAUUUGGACUUUCUUCGUCUAGAAGAAUAGAGACAAUUUAUCUUACAAUUUAGGAGACAAUUUAUUUAAGUUCUUAACGAAGUUUGAAUUUACUAUUCACAUUAAAAGACCGUCACUUUAGCAUUCUUAUACCAAAAAUAGACAUUUGACUACCU